CUAUUCGAACAGACUUAUCGUCACGAAAAAAUUCCAUCGUUCGAUUCCUUAGUACAGUUCGUCAAGGAACAAACUAAGAUAUUUACACUACGUAGUACGUCCGCAUCUACAACCAAACAAAGUCCAAAGGUUAACUCGCCCCCAAUAAAACGCGCGAAUAAUAAUUUCAAAACAACCGCCACUUCGUUUCACGUAAAAAAUAAUUAUCAUUCGGAAAGGCCGCAGACGACACAAUUUCUCGCAUCAUCUAAAAUUCUUCCUAAAUGCCCAUAUUGUAAAGAUAAUAGUAUACAUCCGCUUUUCAAAUGUAAUAAGUUUAUGGAACGCGAUCCUACAGUUAGGGUGCAAUUUGUCAAAGAUAACAACCUAUGUCUAAACUGUAUUGGAUUUCAUAGUCUAGAAAAUUGCAAAAGUAGGAUCAGAUGCUUCUGUGGUGCGUCUCACCAUUCAAAAUUACACGCAGGUAUCGAACCCGCGACCCAAGCGCUUAUCCAAAACGACACCGUUCGCGCUUCGUCGCAGAAAUCGGUCGUGGACGCUGCGACUUAUAACAAGUCCGUCGCACCAGCGCCGCGCGCGGAGCAAGCGCAAUCUUUCAUCGUUCAACCCGCAUUUAAAACUAUAAUGAAACCCAAUGCGCUAUACUCGAACAGAAAAACUAUCUUGCUACCUACUGCAGUUGUUUACGUUUUUAAUAACCAAGGAGAACGUUUUACUAUGAGAAUAUUAUUAGAUAGCGGUUCUAUGUGUCAUAUUAUAACUAAAUCAUUCUGUGAUCGCUUAAACUUAAAGAUUAAUGCAUCUACUUCAGUUAUUCAAGGAGUUGGCCUUUCAGAACUGCAAGUUCAAGGUCAAACGCGUAUCACGCUUCACUCACGCAUAGAUAAUCGUUGUAGAUACUCGAUUCAAGCCCGCGUUGUCGAUAAAUUAUCGGACAAUAUUCCUAAUGAAUUCAUUGAUUUAGAAAAUUUACAUCAUUUAAAAAAUCUACCGCUCGCAGAUGACGAAUUUCACACACCCGCAGAAAUUGAUUGCUUGAUUGGCAAUGAAUUAUUCCCGUUCAUUUUAGGGAGUCAUAAGGUUAUGUCUCCUGACUCAUCGGUAGUCGGAAUGCAAUCUGCAUUCGGCUAUGUUUUAAUGGGAAAAGCAGACUGUCUCGCCUCCAUCACUACUACGCCUCUAAAGGAAAAUUCCUUUCACGCUUUCUCUAAAACUACUGAGCCGAAUUUAGAGGAAUUAACGCAACGCUUUUGGGAACUAGACUCAGUUCCUAAUAAAGAACAUUUAAGCCCCGAUGAUACCGCUUGUGAACGCAUAUUCACAGACAGUCUCUCGCGCGAUAUACAUGGUAGGUAUAUUGUCUCGCUUCCAUUCAAGGACGACCCAGCUGUACUGGGCCGUUCGUACGAAAUCGCAAAACGCCGCUUAUCUAAUUUGGAAAAAAGAUUGAAUAGUAUUCCGGAAUUACGCAAAGACUAUAACGACACCAUUUCCGAAUAUUUAAAUAAAGGUUAUUUGAAUCUAAUUAAAAAUCCUCAGCCAGGUCCGUGUUAUUACAUACCGCAUCACGCUGUAUAUCGUCCAGACAAGACCUCUUCCAGAACUAGGAUUGUCCUGGACGCGAGUUGCAAAACUGUCAGCGAUGAUAAGUUAAACCGCUCCCUAAACGACAUUUUAUACACUGGACCGAACUUACAGGCCAACAUAUUUGAUUUAUUAAUUAAUUUGAGAUUAUUUUCAAUCGCUCUUUCGGCUGACAUUGAAAAAAUGUAUUUUCAAAUUAAACUUGCACCUGAUGAUCACCGUUACCAGCGCAUCCUGUAUAGAUUCGAUACGAGCGAUCGUAUCGAAACGUAUGAAUUUAACUGUGUAUCGUUCGGAGUCUGUUGUUCGCCAUACCUUGCUAUGCGAGUAGUGAAACAGCUAGCCAAAGACGAGCGCGCACGCUUUCCCAACGCGGCCUUGGCAGCUGAACGCCACUUUUACAUGGAUGACUACGUCUCUUCUGUGCAUUCUAUAGAAGAGGCUAAAGAUCUAUACGACGAGCUCGUUCAACUGUUCAACGCUGGUGGUUUUAAACUAACAAAAUGGAUUUCAAACAGCACCCAUCUAUUAAAGGAAAUACCUACUGAUUUGCACUCGCCUAGCAUUGUACAAUUUGAUGAAAAUUCGAUCACCGCGAAUACAAAAAUAGUUGGUUUACAAUGGGAACCAAAUGCUGACGUUUUUACCUUUAAAGUAAACGCACCUAACAAACCUAAGUGCACAAAACGUAUAAUACUUUCAGCUACCGCAAGGUUAUUCGAUCCGCUGUCGUUAUUAGGACCCGUAACCGCUUUAUUAAAACUACUAGUCCAGGAAUGCUGGAAACAAAAUCUGGAUUGGGAUGAGGACGCUCCCUCCAGCAUACAAGAUCAGUGGUUUCAGUUACAACGCGAACUCCCUUUGUUAGAACAGUUGCAAAUUCCGCGUCACAUAGGUAUCUUAAAAACUACGAAUAAUAUUUCACUGAUUGGAUUCGCUGAUGCUAGCGAGAAGUGCUACGGCGCUGUUGUUUACCUGCGCGUCAGCUCGGAGGAUGCAGAUAAAGCUCAAGUCACAUUGCUGUGCGCUAGGUCGAGAGUUGCCUCACCGAAAUGCAAUGUAUCCUUGCCGCGGCUUGAACUUUGCGCGAACCUUCUGUUAUCAAACUUGAUCGUCGCUGUCAAGGAUUCAAUUAGUGAACGCGUUAAAAUAAAUCAAAUAUUCGCUUUUUCCGAUUCCACGAUCGCGCUUUCGUGGAUCCACGCGUCGCCGCAUAGGUUUCAAACUUUUGUUGCCAACAGAAUCGCCGCUAUUAACGCUAACCUUCCAGCUGAAAACUGGUAUCACGUUUCUGGAAAGGAAAACCCCGCAGACAUAAUAUCGCGACCCAUUAUGCCUGCACAACUUUUAAACAAUACGCUUUGGUUUCACGGACCCUCGUGGGUUUCACAGCCCUUCUGCGAUUGGCCCUUAAACGCAUUUACGGAAGACGAGUUACCUGAACAAAAGAGGCCUGUCUCGCUAAUUACUAAACCAUGUAAUAUCGAAAAUGAUUAUAACUGUUUGUACAACUCAGCAGAUCGCAUGUCAAACUGGAAUAGGUUCCUACACGCAUGGGUAUACGUAUUGCGUUUUAGUAAAUUAUUAAAGUCGAACGGUGAUAUAACUGUAACAGACUUGGAAGUGACUGAGACGUACAUACUCCGCGUUAUACAAAAGAGACAUUCGUUUAACACCGGCAGCAAUGCUUUGAGAAAAUUAAACGCAUUCCCGGACACAAACGAUCUUAUACGCGUCGGUGGGCGAUUGUCACAAUCUGAAUUAGGCUAUUCACAGAAACAUCCAGUCGUACUUCCCGCGAAAGAUCGUAUCGUACAUCUGAUUGUAGACCAUUUCCAUAAGCAGAACGCACACGCCGGACCCGCGUUAUUACUCGCAUUACUACGUCAAAAAUACUGGAUUGUCGCCGCUCGCAAUAUGGUUCGCAAAAUAGUACAAAGUUGCAACCGUUGUUUUAAAUUAAAACCUAAAAACACUUUUCCUAUUAUGGGGGACUUGCCUCACUAUCGUGUUAGUGAAGUAAAGAGUUUCGUAUUCACAGGUGUGGACUAUGCAGGUCCGUUCUAUAUUACCCCAUAUCGCCGCCGCGGUGUUAAGUCGAUGAAAGCAUAUUUAUGCUUAUUCAUUUGUUUAACUACUAAGGCGCUUCAUUUAGAGCUGGUACAGUCAUACUGGCAGAGAUGGAGUCGUGAAUAUCUAUCUUCGCUCCAAAGCAGACAAAAAUGGAAUACGCCAUCUCUACCCAUACAAGUUGGUUGUAUCGUUAUAAUUCGGGACGACAACUCGCCGCCUCUCAGCUGGCCUUUAGGCAUAAUUCAAGAGGUUUACCCCGGUAAAGAUGGAGUAGUCCGUACCGCUAGGGUGAGAACUCGUACAGGUUCUUACGUUAGGCCAGUGGUUAGACUCUGCCCUUUACCACUUCAGUAAGAGCAACGUUUAGUUAAGAUGAUUUAGUUUUAAGUUAGUUAAUUACGCUUACAUUAUAGUUCCUUUAAUUUUCAUUAAGCUAUUUGCCUAUAUAAGUUCUGUUGCUUUCUGAAGGCCUUCCUUCAGCCCGGGGGAUGAUGUUUACGCCAUUUUUAAACUCAUACGCAAACAAUUACAUUCGAACUAUAUGUAUAUAUAUAUCCUCUUUUAUAUUUCUCUAUUCCUGUCCCUUUCCCUCUGCCCGGGGCAAAAGGAGACAGUUGCAUCAACGGCUGAAAAAUUCAAGAAGUCAGUCUGUUAUGACCACGCAAGAAAAACGCAUUACGCUUUUGUCGCGCUCCCGCCGCAUUGAAUUAAUUACCUAUUAAUUUCGCAAAAAACCCAAGGUGAAUUCGUCUCAUUCAAUAAAAAUUGCCUAUGGUGGAAAAGUGAAGUUUUUGAAACCAGUGCAGUGCAUCGAAGAAUAUCCAGGUCUAUCGAAGGAGUUAAAACCAGGUUAGUCUCGGGCAAUUCCUACACAAA